AUGCAUAUCGAUUUUGACAAGGUCUUCUCUAAUGGCUACUUUCCUUCUGAAGAUGGCCGGCUCAAAUCGCUGCCCGGCGUGAAAAAUAUUCUGGUGACAGGAGGCGCCGGGUUCAUCGGUGGGUGGUUUGUCCGCCAUAUGGUCCAGGUGCAUGGCGACAGCUACGUUGUCAUUUGCUUUGAUAAUCUCGAAUAUUGCGCCUCGAUGAACAACUUCAGUGUUAUCAAGCAUCUGCCCAACUUCCACUUUGUCAAGGGAGACAUCUGCAGCGCACAAGAUGUCGAAAGGGCACUGCAGAAAUACAAUGUCGACGCGAUUGUUCACUUUGCCGCCAGCUCCCAUGUCGACAAUUCAUUUAGCGAUCCGCUAUUGUUCACAAGAACAAAUGUCAUCGGCACCCAAGUCGUGCUCGAGGUUGCUCGGAAGCUGGGCUCCAUUAAACGAUUCAUCCAUGUUUCCACCGAUGAGGUGUAUGGCGAGAACGAUGCCAAAACGCCUUUGCCUUCAAGGAGGAUCAGCGCCUACAUCCAACCAACCCAUACUCGGCGAGCAAAGCUGCCGCGGAAAUGGUUGUCCACGCGUAUCAAAAGUCAACUGAUUCCAAGAUUCAUCACGCUCUUGAAUCAAGGCAAGAAAAUGACCAUCCACGGCGACGGCCAAAGCACUCGGGCGUUUCUGUUCGCCAGCGAUGCUGCAGAGGCGUUCGAUGUGAUCUUCCACAACGGGGUCGACGGUGAGUCGUACAACAUCUCCUCGGAGAACCAGCUGCAGGUGCGUGAGGUCGCAAAGAAGAUUCUCAAAUGCUUUGGCCGUCACUGCGCACAAAGCCUAGAGCAUUCGAUGGAGCUGGUUAAGGAUCGCCCUUUCAACGACAGCAUGUAUUGGACCAACGAUGCUAAGUUACGUGCGCUGGGGUGGCAGGAGCGGACCAACUUUGACGAGGCGCUCAAGGCGACAGUGAAUUGGUAUUGCCGUCACGGCGAGGGCUUUUGGCAGGACAUGUAA